CCACCAUCUGGACAGGAAGAGAACUCCAGCAGUGGAAGUGCUCAGGCAACUGCUCAGCCUACCAAGGGCCAAAGCUUUGUGCAGAAUCACUUCCAAGCCCAGUACAGAUCUUCAUUGACUUGCCCUCAUUGCCGGAAACAGAGCAAUACUUUUGAUCCCUUUCUGUGUAUCUCAUUGCCCAUCCCCUUGCGUCAAACCAGGCCUUUGAAUGUCAUUCUUGUCUUCCAGUCCAAAAGCCAGCGAUUUGUGCGUGUGGGUCUAGCUGUGCCUCUCUUCAGCACUGUGGCAAAGUUGAGGGAAAUGGUGGCAGAGGAGGGCAAGAUUUCACCUGACCAGGUAAUUCUGGCUGAGCUAAACCAGUCAGGUUUCCAGUGCUCCUUCUCAGAUGAUGAGGAUCUGAACACCAUUGCAGAAGGGGACAGCAUUUAUGCUUUCCAGGCCCCACUUUCUUUUAGAAGGGGCAGCUCUUCCCGAAUCUCAGGUUGUCCACAGAGUCUCCCAUCUUCUCCCAAUUCUGCUGAGCCAGAAGGGCAGCGUUUGGUUCGUAAUGGGGCCAUUUCAUCAGAGUUCCUGCACCAUGGUGGAAGUGGCAGAAUCCUGCUCCUUGUCUGUAAUGUAGCCGGGACAGGGCAGCAGGCUGUGAGGUUUGGCCCUCCACUACUGAUGCGGGAAGAUAGAGCCAUGUCAUGGGAACAGCUGCAGCAAUGUAUCCUAGGCAAAAUGCGCUAUCUGAUGAGAAGAGAGGCCCAAGUGCAG